AUGGCCACAAAGUUUACAAAGGAGAGCUUUCUACAAUCAUGGAAGGACGAAUUACUUCCUAGUAUUCACAAGAAGAUUCAAGAAGAGUUAAAACAGAUCUUAAAAGACAUUAACGACGUUAAAGGUAAAUGCGACGAAAUUGAAAAGUCUCAAAAAUUCUUGGCAGAUCAGUAUGAUAGUAUUAUGACGUUACUUCAAACGACCAAGAAACAAAUCUCUGGUCUUGAACAAAGCACCAACCAAAAUAAAGCGAAGAUCGAUCAGCUGGAGAAGUUAUCGAACGAUCAAAAUGCUAUUAUAGAUGACUUACAGCAAUACAUUCGACGGGAUUGCAUCGAAGUAACAGGGGUACCAUUAACACCCGAUGUGAAUGCAAAACAAAUAAUUGUUGAAAUUGGACAGCUGAUGGGGAUGGAGUUAACCGAGCAUCGUGUAUCUACUGCACAUCCACUGCCAGCAACAAAGAAUAUAAAAAAACAGACUGAUAGCUAA